CCUCCCUUCACCUUACCGCAACUUUCUAUUGUCUGGAGGAGGAGAUGGAGGCGGCGGCGGUGGCACGUUGGCGCCCAGGUUGAGUCAUCUUCCCUGCUUUCUAUAGGCAAAUCUCUCUUGAGGAACAUUAAACAUGGCGUCCAAAAGCACCCCGGAAGUUGGGCACUGUGGGUGGAUCUAACGCCAGAAAGCUAUCCCUUCGCUGACAUUGCCUUCAACCCCGUGAAGAACGUUGAGAAGUGCCGGGCGCGUGCGGCCCUUUUCGCACGCUAAUUCCCCAGCUCGGCGCGCGCCGGGCGCGCGCAUCUUGAACAGCAAACUAAGCGCGCGCCCGUUGCUUUCCAGCCGCCAGGUUCGUUCGGCGCUCAGGCCUUAAUUAGGAAGAGGACGCAACAUGGCGCUCGUGCCCGGCCAGGUGCUGCGAGUCGCCAUCCUCCUGUCCUAUUUUUCCAUCCUGUGCAAUUACAAAGCCAUUGACAUGCCAGCGCACCAGACCUAUGGAGGCAGUUGGAAAUUUCUGACGUUCAUUAACCUGGUUAUUCAAGCAGUCUUUUUUGGAAUCUGUGUACUGACUGACCUUUCCAGCCUUCUGACUAAAGGAAAUGACAUCCAAGAACAAGAAAGGCAACUAAGAAAACUCAUCUCCCUCCGUGACUGGAUGAUGGCUGUCUUAGCUUUCCCUAUUGGAGUUUUUGUUGUGAUAAUGUUUUGGAGCAUCUAUAUCUAUGACAGAGAACUUGUUUACCCCAAGCUCCUUGAUAAUUUUAUACCAACUUGGCUGAAUCAUGGGAUGCAUACAACUGUUUUACCGUUUAUAUUAAUUGAGAUGAGAACAACCCAUCAUGAAUAUCCCAGCAGGACCUAUGGACUGAUUGCUGUGUGCACUAUUUCAGUUGGCUACAUAUUAUGGGUCUGUUGGAUAUAUCAUGUAACUGGGGUUUGGGUAUAUCCUCUCCUGGAUUACCUUAGUUCAGCUGCUAAAAUUGUCUUCUUUGCCACUGUAACUGCAAUAAUAAACAUCUUCUACUUGCUGGGUGAGAUACUAAACAACUGCAUCUGGGAUACACAAAAAUGUAUAGAAGAAGGAAAAGGAAAACCUAAAUCAGACUGAACACAAGAUGAAAGAAGGAAAUAGAAGACUUGCUGCUAUAUGGAAGACAUCUCAUUAUCAAAAGGAGUUUCAAGGAAGCCAUUUAUAUUAACAGUGCAUUCGAAUACUUUGAUUGUUUUUCUAAAAUGGGAUGUUGAUUUUAUAAUCUCCUUCUUGAUACCAUAUCUACCCUUGCAACAACAUUGGAGGGAUUGAUGAAUGGGUAUAUCUCAUGGGCUGAAUACAUCAUAUUGUAUACAUAUACGUAUACAUGUAUGUAUAUAUUUCUUUCUGGUGACUGCAAUAAGAAUUAAGAGAGGUCUAUUUUAUCUUAGAUUUGAAAACAUUAGGCAAGUCAAAACUGAAUCAUUUGGGUUGAAUCAUGAAGUUGCAUCUGUGAAAGGAUGGAUAAGCCCCCUUGAACAAAUUCAGGAGUUUUGAUUAUAAAUCAAAGAGUUCUGAGUUGCUGCCAGUACAUCCUGGAUACAACAGGGUGUAUUUGGAGCAUAGGGCAUUCAGGUUUGGAGGUUGUCAAUAAAAGAUGGGUCCCCCUGAGAGAUACAAAACAAAACGAUAGUGUCCUUCACUUUUUAAAAUCUGUUUUUAAACAAUUCAUUGAAGAAUAAUAUAACUUCUUCAAGACAAGUAAUAUCAAACUGGUUUAACUCAUUGAUACUAAUAAUUACAUCAGUCUGAAAAUGCCAUUUAUAAUUGAAACAUAUGCAUAUUGUUUCUUACAAAUUAAUAAAAAACGUAAUCCUAUCUCCCCUUUCUCCCCUUACCUAUUGCCCAAAUGUAUUUUUCUAUUCAGGUUUCUAUAGGCAACAACAGGUAUCUUGAUGAGCUUUCUCCCUAUCAAGAAAUGACAAAAGUUCAUCCUCAUGAUGUUUUUUCAUUAUGGCUUUUCCUAAAUGAGAAAUAACUCAUGGGAUAUUGCUAUAUAUUUAUUUAGAACUUGGUUUAUAAUCCAUAUUACACAAAAAGACUGUAACGGAGAUGCAUCUAAUGGGAAUAACUGAAUUAGAACUGGUUCUGGUGCCCAAAUGACUCAGAAUGACAGAGAGAGCAAUGAGCAUGCAGCAUUAGAACUGAACAGUACACAGUUUGAGGAGGUUGCUGUAAGAUCCCAGGAGAGACAUAGGCGAUGCUUAUUGUGUUGUACACAAGAGAGUAGACUGAAGUGUUCUAGUCGGGCCAGAAGUGUUCUGUUCUUGAAAUGGACUGCUCCAACUGCAUGUUGAUUUAAACUAGUAUUAACAACUUCAUAGUUGUAAAACAGCCAGCUUCCUACAUACAAGCAGCACUAAAUGUGCAUUAUGUCACUGUAAUGUUUGAAACUGUAUCUGUUUUACUUGCAAAGGAAAUUGGGAAAAUUCUGAUCAGACCAUUACAGUUUGGUGUAACAGUAGUGAAGGCAGCAGUGGUGACUCUGAGAAACAAUCACGCUUGCCAACAGAGCUUCCUAUUACAGCACAGUGAUUUUUCAUCUAAGGGCAUCCCCUGAAAAAUUGCAUGAGAUCCUAGUAAAUCAUUGGUAGGGUUGUUCUAGGCCUUUUGAGGCUAGAAAAAUAUUUAGCAACAAUAGAUCUAAGCAGAAUCCAAGGUGGACUAGAAAAGAAUUAAUGAAGUUCUCAGGCAUACCAUCCUGAAAUGAUAGGAGGUAGCUAGAAAGGGAAACUUCCAACUGCAUGUUUUUAAAGACAAACAUGAAGGAUGAAGCAGGUAACACUAGACAAGAUGGAAAGAGCAUCCUGAGUACCAAAACAAAGGGUUGCUGGGCUAAUGGAGGAGUUUUAAGGUGAGGAGUGUCCAAACGUUAUAUAGUAGAGUUUUCCCAUGUAGCUGAGGAAUUUAUGAUGUAAUCCUAUUUAUGUCUAUGUGAGAGAUCUCAGUGCUGUAAUGGGGCUUGUUCCUUGGUAAGUGGCUUAAGGUUGCACUUAAUACUUGCAACAAAGGCUAAAAAAAUUCAGUUGAAUCACAUUCCUUUAUCAGGAAAUAUUUACAGAUACUGUCGUAGUUUAAUGCAAGGUAUUUAAACACUUCAAGGUAUUUAAACACUUGGUACAAUGUAAAUUAAGGCUUCAUUGUCAACAAUGCAAGUUCAGCUUGAUAAAUGCCCACAGUUGUUAAUAAUACUCAAGCAUGUUCAUGUGAUAAGGCUUACAUAAGUCAUUUUUGCUGCUGGGACUUGCAUGACUUUAAGUCUGUAUUUCUCACUGACAUUUUUAUUCAUUAACUGCUAGAUGCUGGCCUUUGUCUAUACUUUGCUCUCCUCACUGCACAAAUGUCAAAUUUUAAAAAAGAGUGAGAGAAAUCCUAAGAUUGUAGAGGAGUUCCACCUCCUUCCUAUCAGAGAUGACUGAUGUGAUUAGACCAGCAUUCUCCCUUUAGAACUUGAGGUUCUUUCCUCUGAGUUCUUGCAGCAGCACUGUUCUUUCCUUGUUAUGGAGAUUGUCUCUGAAGCUGUUGCUCUCCACUUCUUUUUUCCAAGGAAGUGGCUGAUGCCUAGAAACUACGGUGUGAAUUCCUACUGCUGGCUGAAGUCUCGUGUUUAUUUUGUUGAUAAGGAUAAUGUGAGGAGGGGUCCUUAGCAUGCCACAACUGACCGAAGAGUGGAAAACAGCCAAUGUGCCUCCACCUGAUAAUUUGGGGUGGCCACCAGUGCCCCCUCUUCAACAAAAGAACAGAUUACAGCUAUAAUCUUGGUGAAUUCAAUAGCAAACCACCUGGGAAUAUUUUAAGUAUCAAGAUUAGGAAAAAGCAGGUACAUAGUAAAGAUUUAUUAAUGAAUUGGACAUAAAUUGGACAUCAGUAGCAUAACUAAUGUUUUCUGGUUUACAGAGAUGCUCAUGCUUUCUUCCAGAAUCUCUCAGAAAUCAGUUCAGAUACAAGUCAGUAAUUGUGGGGCCCUGUUCUGUUAACAGCUUUUAUGAUAAAUUGGUGUGUCAAAUAUGUUAAUGUAACAUAAUGAUUUGGAUUUAGGCAACACUUUCCAUUAACAGAAGCUCUCCUGUCAACAAAGAACUUUUGAUCCAGCUGAGAGGUCCCAUUCGUUACGGAGAUGGUGACUUAGUAAUUUCAGCUCCUUCCAGAAUUCUAGCAAUGGCCAGAUAUUUUUAGAUGGCUGGUAGGAAAUCUGGAAAAUCACUCCUCCCCCGCAGGAACCAAAUCUGGAUCCAAAACAUUAUAUUCCUUUGCUGACCUUUGUCAGGCUAAGACUAAUCUUUGGACUUGUCAUGUUUAGUCUGUGAAUAAUUGGUGAAGAUUGAUAUGGUCAAUACAGAUAUGUGCAAAUAUA